GCGCAUUGAAACAAUUUUUUUUUAUAAACUUUUGUACAUAUGUCGAUAUGUAUGCAUAUAUUUUGUUUUUGCAAUGAAUAAUGUAAUACCAAUUCCAUAAUGUUGUGAACAGCUUUUACUAUUCCAAUUGUCAGCGCGUGUGCUUGCUCAAUUUGCGUAUAUGAAAUGCUAUGGUGUGAGUAUGUGUGGAGUCUCUACCGCCAUUUUAGUGUGUUCCUCGCCAUGCAACUUGCAUAUAAAUUUGUAUAUUUGCAUUGUUGCAAAAACAAUUAUGUUACCAAUGUACACGCGCUAGAUCUGCUUACUUUCUUGUUAUAUUUUACUUUUCUUUUUUGUAGGUUAUAAGAGAAAAAUAUUUCAAAGCGAAAUUUCAGUUAAUUAAUUAUAUGUCGUAAGCAAUUGUUAUUAAAAACUGAAAUGAAUAUUUCUUAAAUGAUUAAGUUAUUAUCUUUAACUAGUACAAAAUGUAUAAAAAUUGUUAUGGGUCCACAUUAAGCCAGUUCAGCAUUCUGAUUCCGUGAAUAUUUCAUUAUUAUUAACGGUCUCAGCUGCAACGGUUGCGUGGCAUUUAUAUUUUCUUACAAAUUUCGUAGCCAAAUAAGCCAACACUCACAACUACAUACAUACCCGUCUGCUUACUCGUUAAAGCAAGCACUACAAUUUGUUAAUAUUUGCAAUAUGCUAUACUUUAAAGGAAAAAAUUAAGAACAAAAUACUUCUGGAAUCAAUUUGAACAAGUAGCAAAAGCAUUUAAACUCUUUUUAAUUAUUCUCUACACACACAUUCGUUGUGAGAUUUUCAUUAUUUUAUAUGCAAUAAAAUUAUAUAUAUUAGAACAAUAAUAUUUCAACUAAAAUAUAUAGUAAAUUUAUUUUAUAAAAAAAAAAUAAACAAAUAUUUUUAAACUAAUUGCUAAAAAUCACUGUAAAUGAGAAUAUAACCUAGAAAUCAAGGCGGCGAAAUUGUGGCAGGUUUAUUGACAAAAACAAAUACUUGUAAAAGAGCAUUGUGUGCAGUAUGAAGUGUCCUGCGAUGAAGGAGUGGAUCUCCGUUAUUGAAAUCAUAAUUGCGCUGCUGUGCCUGUUUGCCAUUUUGCUGCUGUCAUGCGUGAUCACAUUCCCGGACGAUAUGCAUAUGUUCUUGUAUCAGUGCUCACUGGCCACAACAAUGGUGCUGUGCUUGAUCUUUGGCUUCAGCACUUGGUUCUACAGUUCCAACUAUCCGAAAACGCGUUUCCAUGUGCGCAUAUUUAUUGUUAUUGUGCUUUGGACGAUGUUUGUUUUUGGACUUGUCACCGCCAUUAUAUUUGAUAUGAAUUUCUUCGGGGACUAUGUAUAUGAGCAUUUCGAACGCGAUAUUUUCGAUAAGUCGGAGUAUUUGAUCUUGAAUAUUGCUAUGCUGUUAGGCAUCGUGGCGCUGUUUUUACUCUUUGUAGUCAAUAUAAUAUUAACUGUGGGCGUUUGUCGAAGAGCUAGAAAGAAUCGUCAAUAAAAUUAGUGCUACCUAUGAUACCCAGUGUAUUAAUAUCAUGCGCCCAAGUGAGUUGUGUGUGUGACCACUAGCAGGAGCUUGGCCCUAGCGAGUUCAUCCUUUCGAAGAAUUUGGAGCUUUUGGAGCUUAUGUCAAAUUAGUUGCUCUCUACAUUUAUCGGAUAAGAGAGAAAGGUACAUAACAGGAAUAAGUGGCUCGUUCAAACAUUUUGCCAAAGUCAGUCACGUUCCCUACAGCUCUGAAGAGGUCGUCAAUCGUCCAUACUAUUUUGAUGUCAAAACUGAGAAUUAAAGAAAUGGUUUCGCAGGAAACUUCUACAUCUCCACAUCCCCACAACCACUAGAGGGAGUUUCCAUCGAUAUUGACGUCAGGCAAUGGGAUCGAUGGCAUGUCUUCGAAGAUAAACGAAUAUCUCACCGACCUUUCUCGCUCCCUCGCUGCACGGAACUUAACACUCACUCUCACUAAACUCCACAGCGACCAUAUUCAAAAACUGUACGAAGUAGUACAGACUUAACCUUAUUAGUGCAGUCGAUGGCGCUAAGAUUCCGACUGUCAAGAAUCGUAAAAUUUUAGAUUUGACUUUUGACAGUCUAUGCUCCUUCACUACUCAUACGAAGGACAUUGAAACGUUGUUAAAAAUUUACAAGGCAAUCGGUCGGCCGGUCUUUAACUACUCCGCACCAAUAUGAUCGCCUGGGUGCAGUGAAGCGCAUACGAGAAAGCUCUAGACUUGUCACGUCGAAUUACGUCAGGAUGCCACUUGAUAACUUCUAUCAAACACCUCUAUGGUGAGGACGCAUGCUCCCAGUUAAGGAACAUAAUGAAUUCCUCUCCAAGCAGUUGCUGCCUCCUAGGAGCAUCAAUAG